AUGAGAGACCCCGUCAAGCGCCGAGAUGCUUGCGACAGAUGCGCGCAGUCCAAGGUGAAAUGCAACCGCGGGCAACCAAGCUGCAAGCGCUGCCUUCACCGGGGUGUCGACUGUCACUACAGCCCAUGCAGGAGGCUCGGAAGGCCAGGCACGGGCACGGUUCCGCUUCCAUCGCCGCCAACAAGUGGGCCCCAGCUAUCGGAGCCACCCGAGCGCAAGGCCACGGCCGUCAAAAGCUUCUCGUUUCGAGACCAGAACACGGUGGCUCACCUAACGCUCGCCGUCGACACGGACAAUCUCUUCCCAACAUCCUUCGAUUCGCCCGUCGAACCAUUGUGGCAGCAGCCCUUCGACACGCCAGUACUAUGGGAUGUCCCAAUGCACGACCCCGGGUGGUCUACCCCUGGAGACAGCUCCCCAACCACAUCCACCACCGCCGUCACGGCCUCCUCUUCCGCCAGCUUCAGCUGCGACACCUCCGCCAGCGUCUCAUGGCAGGCGUCAUCCUCAUCCUAUACCAGCUGUGCGGCCGUCGCGCUGUCGGCCCUCCGCAGCAUUUCCCAUGCGCGAUCCAGCACUAGCAUCGCCAGCAGCUGCAACUGCCAAGGGGGCGGCCACACCACCACGAUCUCGCCCAACGGUAGUGCAAGCCUCGGAAUGACGAGCACGAGCACGAGCGCCAGUCCUGCUCUGCCGUACUACCUCAGCGCAGCGGCAGCCAUGCGGCAGGCGCACGCCAUCCUGGACUGCGCGUGCGCGGCCUCCGACGGCGCCGUCGCCGUGCUGCUGCUGCUCAUCUGCGCCGAGGCCGUGCACUCGUACCGGCGCUUCUCACGGGGACUGUUUACUAGUACUACUAGCACUCCCCCGACGACGGACGACAGCCGCCGCGAUGCUGCUUCAGAUGCUCAUGAGAGUAUCCUGCCAGCAGUAACAAUCGGCGGGCACACGCCCCCCGCCGGCGGCCAGACAAACCGCACGAUGAUUGCCGGGUUCCUGCUCGGCGAGCUCGCUGAGGUGGGACGUGGCCUCGCGAGGCUGCAGCGCACAUGGGAUCAUCAUCUCUUGACGGCGGAGGCAGCGGCGGCGGUGGGCAUGUCCGUCAGCAGCGGUGGUGGUGGUGGUGGUGGUGGUGGUGGUUGCUAUGCCAGUCCGGAAGAGGGCAUACUAGACGACGCGACGCCGACAGCGAGGUUGACCGCGCAGGUGAGGGGAACAAUGGUGGCGCUAAGAAACGAACUUUGGGGAAUUGUCAACUGCACGGAUCCGUAG